UUACAGCGCCCAGGAUAUGUUAUGUGAGCGAGCAAGAACUGACAUUUUUCUCAGCCCGUGUUUAUGAAUAUUUUUUCACGAAUUAAGGUGGUCAAAGAAUUAUCACACCACGGCAUAAUAUCUUUGUUCAAACACAACCAUUGACUCUGUACCCUCGCCAUGGUAGAGGAUGACGAUUUAACGCCAAAUCUUAUGUCAAGCCAAAUGUGGAGCAGCAAUGGCGAGUUUGUUCCUCCUGACGGAAUAUGCUGGGUGUCUGUUCUGUCAUGUUUGCUGCUUGCCUGCUCCUACGUUGGGAGCUUAUACGUGUGGAGAAGUGAUUUGCCAAGGGACCACCCGGCCGUUAUCAAGAGGCGCUUCACCAGUGUCCUGAUCGUGUCUGCCUUGUCGCCUGUCUUCGUGUGGACAUGGAAGGUAUACACUGGUGUGAUGCCCGGCCCGUCGUUGCUGGCUCUGAUGGGCAUUCGCUUCGAGGGCCUCAUCCCAGCCAUCAUACUGCCUCUACUGCUCACAAUGGUUCUGUUUCUUGGCCCUCUCAUCCAACUGGCUAUGGACUGCCCCUGGGGCUUCAUGGAUGGGAUACGAGUGGCCCUUGACCCAUGGUUCUGGGCUCUGUGCCUCAGGGACAUGCGCUGGCUGAGGAACCAGGUGGUGGCCCCUCUGACUGAGGAGCUGGUGUUCAGGGCUUGUAUGCUGCCCAUGCUGGUACCCUGCGCCAGCCCCUCCACUGCCAUGUUGACCUGUCCCCUUUUCUUUGGAGUAGCUCACUUUCAUCAUGUGAUCGAACUGCUGCGAUUCAGACAGGGCAGUGUGUCUGGGAUCUUUCUCGCUGCAGUGUUCCAGUUUUCCUACACCGCUGUCUUUGGAGCUUACACUGCCUUCAUAUUUAUCAGAACAGGUCACCUGGUGGGUCCGGUGCUGUGCCACUCUUUCUGUAAUCACAUGGGCUUCCCUGCCCUGAGCACGGCCCUGGAGCACCACCACCGCUUCACCAUCCUCUCCUGCUACCUGCUGGGGGUCCUCCUCUUCCUCCUCCUCCUUUUCCCCCUCACAGACCCCCUCUACUACGGCCUGCCCACCCCCGUCUGCACCCUGGCCUCUGUCCCCAGCUCCCUAUGCAUCUCCUGAUCCCACGCCCACCCACCACACACACCCCUCUGUACUUGAUGGACCGGUUUGCUGAUUCUACCACCCAUCAGCAGCCGAAAGGAGGAGCGGUCCAAGUAGUCCUAGCACUAGGGGUGUUUUAGCUCUUCGGUCAUGCCUGCUUGGAUGGGCUCUCUCUGGGGGGAGGUGGGAAGGGUUAAGGCUUUGUCAGCUAUGGACAUUCAGUACUAUCGGCUGUCUCUACUAUGUAUGCUACUAGGGGCAACAGGGUAACUUAGACAGCCAUUCCCUAUGUUCAGGGUACAUUGGCGCUUAAGUCAGUCAGUUAGCCAGUCAGUCAAUAUGUGGUCUGUAGUGUAGACUCAACAAAGGAACCGUAUCUGGCCAAGACGUGAGGCGCUGUAGUAGUAAGACAUUUUGGUGGUCAUCAGUAAUAACAUCAGUGACAUCAGGGUUUUCAUCUGUUCUAGAUGCUGAAUAAGAGUUAUUUAUUUACACAUCUGCAUGGUUCUAUACUGUAGUGUUUUAUUGGUGGGGGAUAGUUGGGUUGUUACAGUUGGACUGUAGUUGUCCAGGAUAGUUUAGCCACGGUUCUCAGUCUUCCUCUCAGGCUUUUAAGACACCAGACGAUUGGUGUUUGGCGAGAUCACAAAGUGUACAGUCUUUACCCAGCCCUGAAUCCAGUCAUUCACUCUAGUUGUCGCUCAUUCCAAGCAUCCAUUCCAAGUCAUGCCGAUAGAAGCCUAUAAUCACCAAGCUAACAUUACCAUUCUUAGGGCCAGGAGUUUUUCCCUGACUAUGUGAACCUGAUCAGGAAAAACUCUGGGCCCCUACCAUUCGCUGCACAGUUUGACCUUUUACAAGGGUUAUCUAUGUUCGUGGCUCUUUGUUCUAGAACUGCUUUUUUAUUUGAGCGAUUUGAAGGGGGAAGUACCUUAAGGUGGGGUGGGAUGACAGACACUUAACCCCUUUAAGGGUCUUGAACCCUUGUAAGACUCAGGUGUACUGUAGUCGUAUGUAGGUUUGAAUGCUAUCUAACCACUACUUUGCAUGCUGCUAUAUGUUGCAAUAUGGUUGUCAGACAAGAUGACAGGUCUAUAUUCUUCUACAGAUGGACACACACGCACACCAAGCUAAAGUGCAUUCGGAAAGUAUUCAGACCCCUUGACUUUUUCCACGUUUUGUUACGUUACAGCCUUAUUCUAAAAUUGAUUAAAUAUUUCCCCCCCCAUCAAUCUACACAUAAUACCUCAAUGACAGAAAAUAUAUAUAUUUUACACAUUAAUUACACAUAAAAAACCAUACCUUAUUUACAUAAGUAUUCAGACCUUUUGCUAUGAGACUCGAAAUUGAUCUCAGGUGCCUCUUGUUUCCAUUGAUCAUCCUAGAUGUUUCUACAACUUGAUUGGAGUCCACCUGUGGUAUAUUCAAUUGAUUGGACAUGAUUUGGAAAGGCACACACCUGUCUAAAUAAGGUCCCACAGUUGACAGUGCAUGUCAGAGCAAAAACAAAGCCAUGAGGUUGAAGGAAUUGUCUGUAGAGCUCCGAGACAGGAUUGUGUUGAGGCACAGAUUCCUGUGGCAUUGAAGGUCCUUAAGAACACAUUGGCCUCCAAUUUUGGAACCACCAAGACUCUUCCUAGAGCUGGGCAAUUGGGGAGAAGAGGCUUGGUCAGGGCGGUGACCCAAGAACCUGAUGGCCACUCUGACAGAGCUCCAGAGUUCCUCUGUGGAGAAGGGAGAAACUUCCAGAAGGACAACCAUCUCUGCAGCACUCUACCAAUCAGGCCUUUAUGGUAGAGUGGCCAGAUGGAAGCCACUCCUCAGUAAAACGCACAUGGGACAGCCCGCUUGGAGAUUGCCAAAAGGCUCAUAAAGGACUCUCAGACCAUGAGAAACAAGAUUCUCUGGUCCAAUGAAACCAAGAUUGAACUCUUUGUCUUGAAUGCCAAGCGUCACGUCCGGAGGAAACCUGGCACCAUCCCUACGGUGAAGCAUGGUGGUGGUGGCGGCAGCUUGCUGUGGGGAUGUUUUUCAGUGGCAGAGACUGGGAGACUAGUCAGGAUCGAGGCAAAGAUGAACAGAGCAAAGUACAGAGAGAUCCUUGAUGAAAACCUGCUCCAGAGCGCUCAGGACCUCAGACUGGCGCAAAGGUUUACCUUCCAACAGCACAAUGAUCCUGAUCACAGAGCCAAGACAACGCAGGAGUGGCUUUGGGACAAGUCUCUGGCACAGCCAGAGCCCAGACUAGAACCCGAACAAACAUCUCUGGAGAGACCUGAAAAUAGCUGUGCAGCGAUGCUCCCCAUCCAACCUGGCGGAGUCUGAGAGGAUCUGCAGAGAAGAAUGGGAGAAACUCCCCAAAUACAGGUGUGCCAAGCUUGUAGCGUCAUAGCCAAGACUCAAGACUGUAAUCACUGCCAAAGUUACUUCAAUAAAGUACUGAGUAAAGGGUCUGAAUACUUUUGUAAAUGUGAUAUUUUAUUUCUAAAACAAUUUAUUUGACAAAAGUGUACUUGUUUUUGCUUUGUCAUUAUUGGUUAUUGUGUGUAGAUUGAUUGGGGGGGGGGGGACUAUUUAAUCCGUUUUAGAAUAAGUCUGUAAUGUAACAAAAUGUGGGAAAGGUUGAGGGGUCUUACUACUUUUCCAAAUGCACUGUAUUACCCAAAAGAAGGUAAUGUACAGACACAGACAGUGUUACAUCGCAAUGCUAACUCACUCACUCACCGCAAAUGAUACUUUGCGUUGUUUGUGAAAAUACAUGUUAUUUACUUGACCAGGCUGUGACCAUUGUAGUCCAUUGCACUAUAUAGUCAGGGUGUAGUUUAGAUUCAGGGUGGGUUGUUGAUUUCUAUAGGGAAUUGUAAUGGCACCUGGUGUAAUACUAUAUAACAGUUCCACCUGACUAGAACAGAAGUGUGGUGUGGUUCAUGAACCAGCAGAUUGAAUCACACUGAAUGUAUUGCAACGGGAUGUCGAGGCAGAUGAAGUCACUGGUCCGAUUAUAAACGGACUUCACUGUGUAAAUUGGAACCUUAUCUCUGGAGUGUCCCAUGCAGGAGACGCUAACAUUCACUGACAAAGAUAAAUCUGUGAAGCUAUCUACCACAGCAGUGAGGACUGUACUGUAUAAGCUAUGAAUGAGUUACAUUAUGGUUCUUUAGCAAUAACCUAGUCGAUGGAAAAUGACCAAAAUCAGGGAAUUAUCUGAAAUUGGGUGUGUAUGUGAAUUGAAAAAGCUAAGGAAGACCAUUCUUGUUGCUUAGAGGUGCUUGGAGAUUUCAGAAUAAUGACCAGCCAUUAUUUUGAAUUGAUAGUUUGAAUUGAUGUUUUGGCCAACCUCAGAUGAGCCAUGUAUCUCCUAGUUGAAGGUUCAAUAGACAUCCUCUUGAAUAAACCUGCAUGGUGCGUCCAGACCAUCUGUAAUGACCUGAAAUGUACGUCAGAGGGCGCAAGAGUACCAUGUCUGGGCGUACUGCCGUUGUAAUGUGAAGCACAUGAACCUGGGACUUUCACACAGGCUGUUCAUUGGGUUUCUCUUGACAGGUAGUCAUCCGUCACUUGAAAAAACUCUGUUUUUAUUCCGUUUUUUCCUCCCACAAGCCUUGAUCCAAUAGACAGGACGGAUAUAGGCUCAGAGAAGAGAAAGUGGGUUUGAACCUAACAACUUAGUGAUACAGAUCGGCUAGCUACCUUCGCUCUGUUGAGUAAUCUCUCAGCUCAAUUAAACAAAGACUGUAGGAUCUAGCCUCCCUUUUUGGAGUCGAACUCUAAACUAUCUUGACGUCACAAAAUGCAUGUGAAUGUUUUGAGGCACUGGCCUAAGAUGUCAUUUUGGGAGUCCAACCAAUAACUUCAGUAGAGUCAGAGAUGACCGUUGUGUCCCCCUACAGAGAUGACCGUUGAUUCCCCCUACAGAGAUGACCGUUGAUUCCCCCUACAGAGAUGACCGUUGAUUCCCCCUACAGAGAUGACCGUUGAUUCCCCCUACAGAGAUGACCGUUGAUUCCCCCUACAGAGAUGACCGUUGAUUCCCCCUACAGAGAUGACCGUUGAUUCCCCCUGCAGAGAUGACCGUUGAUUCCCCCUGCAGAGAUGACCGUUGAUUCCCCCUACAGAGAUGACCGUUGAUUCCCCCUGCAGAGAUGACCGUUGAUUCCCCCUGCAGAGAUGACCGUUGAUUCCCCCUGCAGAGAUGACCGUUGAUUCCCCCUGCAGAGAUGACCGUUGAUUCCCCCUACAGAGAUGACCGUUGAUUCCCCCUGCAGAGAUGACCGUUGAUUCCCCCUGCAGAGAUGACCGUUGAUUCCCCCUGCAGAGAUGACCGUUGAUUCCCCCUGCAGAGAUGACCGUUGAUUCCCCCUGCAGAGAUGACCGUUGAUUCCCCCUGCAGAGAUGACCGUUGAUUCCCCCUGCAGAGAUGACCGUUGAUUCCCCCUGCAGAGAUGACCGUUGAUUCCCCCUGCAGAGAUGACCGUUGUGUCCCCCUACAGAGAUGACCGUUGUGUCCCCCUACAGAGAUGACCGUUGUUUCCCCCUACAGAGAUGACCGUUGUUUCCCCCUACAGAGAUGACCGUUGAUUCCCCCUACAGAGAUGACCGUUGAUUCCCCCUACAGAGAUGACCGUUGAUUCCCCCUACAGAGAUGACCGUUGUUUCCCCCUACAGAGAUGACCGUUGAUUCCCCCUACAGAGAUGACCGUUGAUUUCCCCCUACAGAGAUGACCGUUGAUUUCCCCCUACAGAGAUGACCGUUGAUUUCCCCCUACAGAGAUGACCGUUGAUUUCCCCCUACAGAGAUGACCGUUGAUUUCCCCUUACAGAGAUGACCGUUGAUUUCCCCCUACAGAGAUGACCGUUGAUUUCCCCUUACAGAGAUGACCGUUGUGUCCCCCUACAGAGAUGACCGUUGUGUCCCCCUACAGAGAUGACCGUUGUGUCUCCCUACAGAGAUGACCGUUGUGUCUCCCUACAGAGAUGACCGUUGUGUCCCCCUACAGAGAUGACCGUUGAUUUCCCCCUACAGAGAUGACCGUUGUGUCCCCCUACAGAGAUGACCGUUGUGUCCCCCCUACAGAGAUGACCGUUGAUUUCCCCCUACAGAGAUGACCGUUGAUUCCCCCUACAGAGACGAACAAUCUGGUUCAGAUAGCGGCUAGAUUGCCUUUGUUGUCGAAAUUUACACAUACAAAUUUAUACAUCACGAGGCUGUGUCAAAUUCUUAUUAGGUAGGCUCAGGAGACCGUACAUCUACAGAUUAAUGUUGUCAGGAGACCGUACAUCUACAGAUUAAUGUUGUCAGGAGACCGUACAUCUACAGAUUAAUAUUGUCAGGAGACUGUACAUCUACAGAUUAAUAUUGUCAGGAGACCGUACAUCUACAGAUUAAUAUUGUCAGGAGACUGUACAUCUACAGAUUAAUAUUGUCAGGAGACCGUACAUCUACAGAUUAAUAUUGUCAGGAGACUGUACAUCUACAGAUUAAUAUUGUCAGCAGACCGUACAUCUACAGAUUAAUAUUGUCAGGAGACCGUACAUCUACAGAUUAAUAUUGUCAGGAGACCGUACAUCUACAGAUUAAUAUUGUCAGGAGACCGUACAUCUACAGAUUAAUGUUGUCAGGAGACUGUACAUCUACAGAUUAAUAUUGUCAGGAGACCGUACAUCUACAGAUUAAUAUUGUCAGGAGACUGUACAUCUACAGAUUAAUAUUGUCAGGAGACCGUACAUCUACAGAUUAAUAUUGUCAGGAGACUGUACAUCUACAGAUUAAUGUUGUCAGGAGACCUUACAUCUACAGAUUAAUAUUGUCAGGAGACUGUACAUCUACAGAUUAAUAUUGUCAGGAGACUGUACAUCUACAGAUUAAUGUUGUCAGGAGACCGUACAUCUACAGAUUAAUGUUGUCAGGAGACUGUACAUCUACAGAUUAAUAUUGUCAGGAGACCUUACAUCUACAGAUUAAUAUUGUCAGGAGACUGUACAUCUACAGAUUAAUGUUGUCAGGAGACCUUACAUCUACAGAUUAAUAUUGUCAGGAGACUGUACAUCUACAGAUUAAUGUUGUCAGGAGACUGUACAUCUACAGAUUAAUGUUGUCAGGAGACCGUACAUCUACAGAUUAAUGUUGUCAGGAGACUGUACAUCUACAGAUUAAUGUUGUCAGGAGACUGUACAUCUACAGAUUAAUGUUGUCAGGAGACCGUACAUCUACAGAUUAAUGUUGUCAGGAGACUGUACAUCUACAGAUUAAUGUUGUCAGGAGACUGUACAUCUACAGAUUAAUGUUGUCAGGAGACCGUACAUCUACAGAUUAAUAUUGUCAGGAGACCGUACAUCUACAGAUUAAUAUUGUCAGGAGACCUUACAUCUACAGAUUAAUAUUGUCAGGAGACUGUACAUCUACAGAUUAAUGUUGUCAGGAGACCGUACAUCUACAGAUUAAUGUUGUCAGGAGACUGUACAUCUACAGAUUAAUGUUGUCAGGAGACUGUACAUCUACAGAUUAAUGUUGUCAGGAGACCGUACAUCUACAGAUUAAUAUUGUCAGGAGACCGUACAUCUACAGAUUAAUGUUGUCAGGAGACCGUACAUCUACAGAUUAAUAUUGUCAGGAGACCGUACAUCUACAGAUUAAUGUUGUCAGGAGACCGUACAUCUACAGCCUAGAGAGAGCUGUUUCAUCAAUUCAUCUAGCAUCUCAUUCUCCCACAUCAUUAACCUUGUACCCUUUUGGAAACAUAUAUUUUGUCACUGGCUGGAAGUGUCUGAAUCCUGCCUUGUCACGGGUUAGGCUGCUUCUCACCAGAAUGUUAUUUUUUAUUUUCCUGAUAUUGACUUGAAUUGAAAUCCGUAGGCUACAUUUGCAAGGCACUUGGGAGAAAACGCUGACUCCCCUUUCCUGCUUGACAACACUUUCACUUUGUCUUUUUACGUGUUUUCUCUCUAAAAUGUCCGAGCCAAACAAUCCCGUCUACAGUACUCUCAAAGUAGUGACUUCCUGUACAUGCAUAAAGCGGACGCACAGCGGUAGAGACAGGAAUAUAUAUUUUUGCAAGUUAAUAUGAAGCUCUCUUUUUACUAAAAUGACACAACAGAAGAAUGACAUAGUAUUUAAAGAUUGGAUAUUUCAGAGUAGUUGAAUACGUGCUUUGACUCUGAGCUGGUUGUGAAGACAAAAAGACGAUGCACAUGUUUAUAUUGAAUACUAUAUUUUGUAAUCAAAUCUAUUUUAGUCACAUGGCCUUGAAUCUACUGAUGGUGUAUUUGGGUUUCCCGCCACAGUGUACAAUGCAAUUUUUUUGGAGACUUAUCAAUAUUGAACAAACAGUGUUUUAUGACGACAAUCUUUUAUGAGAUCUUAUAGAAAUCACACACUGCAAAAAGCUCAAGAAUUUGGAAAUAAACAAGCUUAUUUUAUAAAA